GAUGUGCAUUUUUGCAACGCGUUUGUUUUUGGGAGUUCUCUUUUGUGCACCCUACCAGUGCUCGGGGUGUCCGCUUGGCUGCGAGUGUUUCGCCGUCACUCACACUGUGAAGUGUGUGUCCAAGUCUCUGCUCAGAGUGCCACAAAACAUUCCGGGGUAUGCCCGGACUGUCGUCAUCACUGGGAAUAACAUCCAUCAGAUUGGAGCGGAGUCGUUCUCAGAGCUGGAGAAUGUCACAAACGUCAUUUUGAGCAACAACAGGAUCACAGAGCUGGCGGCCCACACCUUCUCUGCCCUCAUCAACCUGAGAUUCCUGGACCUCAGUGGGAACCAGCUAGCCCUCAUCCAUCCAGAGGCUCUCAGCAUCCCUGGAAGUCCUCUCCAAGAGCUCGACCUGAGCUGUUCUCUGUUCAACUUCACCGCCCUGACAGACCUCGCCACGGCUCUGCGCUGGGGUGGCCUCUGGGGGCUCCUCCGCCUUGACCUCUCUGGAAACCGUCUGGCCCUGCUUCCACCUGGGAUGUUCUCCCACGUCCCCAGUCUACAGCAGCUCCUUCUGUCCAACAACUCGCUGGUGGCUGUCUACAGCGGGACCUUCUCUGGCAUGGAUCACCUGGAGACCCUGGAUCUGACACACAAUGCCUUUGGGACUUUCAGGAAUGAUGCUCUACAAGAGCUGGAGAGGCUCGGGAAUGUCAGAAUCCUUCUCGGUGACAAUCCGUACACCUGCUCUUGUGAGAUCCGAGAGUUUGUCACGUGGCUGAAUGACUCCAGAGCCCAGGUGGAUGUGGAUGCCGUCAGAUGUGUGUCACCAGCAGGUGUAACCAAUGUCCGGCUGCAGGGACUCACUGUCCAGGCCAUUGGUUGUGUCUCUCCAGUUCUCCCUGAGGUGACUGACCUCACGCUGCAGACGUCGUACGUCUUCCUGGGUCUGGUUCUAGGCCUCGUGGGCAUGAUUUUCCUGUUUGUGCUUUACCUGAAUCGCAACGGCAUGAAGAAAUGGAUCAUAGAAACGAGAGAUGCCUGCAGGGACGUUCUAGAGGGGUACCACUACCGGUAUGAGAUCGACUCAGAUCCUCGGCUGGGGCGCAUUGCAGCCGACAGCAGCAGGCCGCAGAAGCAUGGAGGACUGGCCCCGUCUCAGCAGCUGCCUAAUGACACCUGCGUUGUCCAGGACCCCACAGAAACACACGUGAAACGGGCAACUACCUCCCCAUCAAAUUGACUUCUGAUGUUUGAGUGUAAUUAGUUAACAAAAUUUGAUUUUCUGUGAAUUUGACGCAGUUCCAACCUUUAAAACCCUUGUUGAAAGUGCCUUUGUGAUCGUAAGGCAAGUUUUCUCAUUGAAUUGAGCUUCUUCCUGUUUGUUGUUUCAUCAUUAGAGUUUGGGGUGGAUUUUUAAUCAAAUGAAACCAUUAAUUAAACAAUUGUGCUAAAUAAAAACUCCACGAAUAAGCCAUCCCAUGUCCAUAUUAUUGAAUUUUAAACCAGCUGAAGAUUAAAAAUGUGUUUUCUGCCGAAACAAAAAUGAUUUUCAAGAAGUCACAAUUGUUUGUAACCCCAAACAGCUGCUAGAAAUUAAAAAUGCAAACCAAACAAGAGCAACGCUCUUAGGUUAUUUAUUUGAUUAACCCCAUCUUUUAAUUAACUCAUCAGUUUGAUCAAAAGGUUUACAUAAAACUGAAUUAACUUGGAUGAUUUUGCAACCAGUUACUAACUCAAACUAAUCGGAAUUUUAAUCAUUAAUAUUUAUAUUAUAUUAAUACAACCCAUCGUUUAAAGGCAGCCUUGAAAUCAGGGGCGUGUCCAGGGAGUGGCCUGGGGUAGCACAUGCCACCCUUGGAAUCUGAUUGGCCACCCCAGGUGCCACCACACUAAGUUCCAGUUUAAAUUGACUUUACAUUGUCGACAAAAGGCUUGGGUUGUAAACUCCAAAAUAGUGUGUGGUUGCAUGCACCUUUCACCUUGUUUUCUAGCCCAGGUAUGCAGUAUUAAUAUUAUUUAAUAUUUUUCAUAUUCACAUACAUAAUAUUUAGAGUCCCACUCAACUCCAGUUGGUGGCAGUAAUGACAAGAAGUGACUUGCUAACCACCACAAAAGUAGAAGAUGAAGAGGGGGAAAAAAUUGUGAUUGUGCAACGUGACACUCAAAAAUUCACUAGAAAGUAAAUAAAUAAACGAUUUGUGUAAAUAAAUAAAUAAGCAUAACCAUUGGUGCCACCCAUGGGCCACCCCAUUUUAAAAGUCCUGGACACGGCUCUGCUUGAAAUGUGUCUUUUUUUUAGUCAAACCAGUAAAGUUUACACUGUGCUUGUUUAGCCACAUUUUAAAUAGCUUAAAUUAUAAUUUUAUCUCUUUUUGCAUUAGUAGUCAAUGAUUGUACACACACACACACACACACACACACACACACACACAGCACAUAAAAUAUUAGUAUUUGCUGUGGUGAAACGAUUAUUUAUUACUAUUAUUGUUUACCCAGUUAGUGCCCCUAAUUUCGCAUAUAUUAGCAGGCCUAUAGAUUGUUGUUGGAUGACGAUAAACAUGUUAAUUCUGAAUAAACUCUGGAUUUAAUUGUUCUUUGCCCUCUUUCUGUGACUCUGCUGGGCGCUGUGCU